GAGUGAUGCGCGUUGCCACUGCUGCUAAUAUUGAACACAAUCGGCCAGAAUGAGUGAAGACGAGCGCAUUAUCAACAGGUGGUUUUUCGACGUCUGCGUGUUCAAGGCGCUCGAGAGUUUCAGAAAUGGAGACUACACGGAUUUCGCGAAAAUCACCAACGUUAUCGAGAGUAUGGUGGUGCUGCCCAUGGACGGGCGCGGAGACACGGUCCUCAAGCUGCGCUGCAUGCAGUUCCUGUCCAGGGUCAACAACGGGGACAAGCUGGAUCUGACGUUCGAGGAGCCGAAGACGCCGCUGGAGUCGGCUCUGGCCGUCCUGGAUUCGCUGUGCCGAGAGCUGGACGUCCCGCAGCGAGAGCAGCAGCGCGUGCACAACGCCAUCACCGAGAUGCUCAUAGUGGUGUGCAUCAGGAGUGGGGAGUUCGAGAAGGCGGAGGAGAUCCUGCACAGGCACUUCAGCGCAGCCGCAGACUCAGCUGGGAAGAAGAAGCUGCUGGCGAGUCUGAUCCAGCGGAGGCGCUCGUCACACUCGGUUCUGCAGCUGAUCUCCUACAGCGACUUCAAGCAGGACAUGCUGGAGUUCAUCGAGCGGCUGUACCGCGUGCCCGAGCCCUUCCUCACGCAGAUGCUGAAGCGCUCUGGACAUCUCCGCCCGAGCGCUGAGCCGACGACAUCAUCAUCCUCAUCGUCCUCACGGGGGGGGCGGAGCUCCACGCAGAAGCCCAGCACAGCAGCGGCAGAGGAUCAUGGCGGCGUGUGCUGUGUGAGUCUGCAGAGUGUGCGGCAGGUGUACGGCGAGCUGAGCGAGGAGUGUGGCGUGAGCGUGCCGUUCUCUCGGCUGCUGGAGGAGCUGGAGCUGGAGGCGCAGCAGCAGAGCCGAGAGCCGCCCGGGGACGAGCUGCACCUGGCUCUGUCCGAGACGCCCAUGGAGCCGACGCAGAGCCUGAGCGCCCGCGAGCCGCGCGUCACCUUACACCGUUACACCGGCAUGACCAUAUCCCGCCUGGUCACGGAGGAGGACAGCCAGCCCAGCGGAGACGACUCCCAGGACAACCUCUCGCAGAGCAGCGGCUGCGCAGCCCUCCAGAGGUCACCUCAGAGGCUCAUCAUCUGCAGUGAUCCAGAGUCGGAUGAUCUUGAGACUGUCAGACGAACAUCCUCAGACAACCAGCGUGAUGACAGGCUCAUCAUCCGCAGUGAUCCAGAGUCGGAGGAUCUCGAGACUGUCAGACGAACAUCCUCAGACAACCAGCGUGAUGACAGGCUCAUCAUCCGCAGUGAUCCAGAGUCGGAGGAUCUCGAGACUGUCAGACGAACAUCCUCAGACAACCAGCGUGAUGACAGGCUCAUCAUCCGCAGUGAUCCAGAGUCGGAGGAUCUCGAGACUGUCAGACGAACAUCCACAGACAACCAGCGUGAUGACAGGCUCAUCAUCCGCAGUGAUCCAGAGUCGGAGGAUCUCGAGACUGUCAGACGAACAUCCACAGACAACCAGCGUGAUGACAGGCUCAUCAUCCGCAGUGAUCCAGAGUCGGAGGAUCUCGAGACUGUCAGACGAACAUCCUCAGACAACCAGCGUGAUGACAGUGAAUCCGCGAGUGUGUCGAAGGUGUGUUCAGCGGCUCAGCGCUCGACCCACAGUAGUGGUGAAUCGCGCUCGACUCCGUCUGUCAGACGCUCGGGGAAGGGAACACACAACAGCCGCAGGGUCGUUGUGUCCAGUGAUGAGGAGUGUGAGGAUCCUCCGUCUGACAGACACACAGCCGGACAGGAGCCGCAUGACAGCAGUGACCCAGAGUGUGUGUUGGAGGAGCGUGCAGCGCCCCAGAGCUCGACUCCUGCGCGCCACAGCAGAGCCGCUCGGAGCAAUCACAGUGAGUCUGAGGUUCACAGCACUCGCCCGCAGGUGCGCAGCUCUCCAGCCGACAGCCGCUCGUCGUCCUCAGGGAAGCGCAGCGCCAAGAGGGCCCGAUGGCAGGACGCGUCAGGGAUUCAGGAGGACUGGAGUGACGAGGAGUCUCUGUUCAGCGGCGCUUCAGGUCCGUCCCACAAGAAGAAGUACACCAGGAAGCUGUGGACGGUGCAGGAGUCGGACUGGCUGAAGGAGGGCGUGCGGCGCUUCGGCGCGGGACACUGGGAGCCGAUCCGCUCCGCCUUCCCCUUCACGGGCCGCUCCGCCUGCAACCUGAAGGACCGCUGGAGGACCAUGGUCAAGCUCAAGAUGGUGUGACACACACACACACGCCCGAUCACCUGCUUUUUAUACCCAUGUUCUUGUUCACAAACUGUUUUAUAGCACCGUAUGUGUGUGAGUGUGUGUGUGUGAGAGAGGUUUUGGUUCCUUAUUAAAUGUUCGUUAUUUUGGA